AUGCUGUUUAAUGAACUCGAAAUGUUUCUCAGCCAGAGUGCACCUCAACAGUUUCAAAAACAGCUGUUAUCGAAUGAAGUACAUUCGAAUCUUUCAUCCAUUGACUGUGAUCUACAGCCCGAAAUAUGUCGUACACGAUACUAUGUCUCUGAACUGGAUAUUUUAAAAGCAACGCGCUAUGCACUCUACAGAGAAGUGGCUCGUUUUGGUGAUAAUUUUCGAGGAUCAAACCUAACAGCGCUAUACGUUUUCAUGAGUGCUCUUGCUGAG